CGCCUGCGCAGUGAGCUCCGGUUCGGUGCUGCGCCGGCCGCUCGGGUUCCUCUGAGCUUCCGUAGGGCUUACCGGCCGGUAGGCGAGGAAUGGAGCCGGCAGGCGGCGGCUCCACAGAUCCGCGAAGCACCUACGUGCUGAGUAACCUUGCGGAGGUGGUGGAGCGUGUGUUUACCUUCCUGCCGGCCAAAGCGCUGCUUCGGGUAGCCGGAGUAUGCCGCCUGUGGAGGGAGUGUGUGCGCAGAGUGCUGCGGACCCACCGCAGCGUGACCUGGAUCUCCGCGGGUGUGGCAGAGGCGGGCCACUUGGAGGGACAUUGCUUGGUCCGCGUGGUGGCUGAGGCGCUUGAGAAUGUUCGAAUCUUACCACAGACAGUUCUCUACAUGGCAGAUUCUGAAACUUUCAUCAGCCUGGAAGAGUGCCGUGGUCACAAAAGAGCGAGGAAGAGGACUACUAUGGAGACAGCAUGUGCCCUGGAGAAGCUUUUUCCCAAGCAGUGCCAAGUCCUUGGGAUUGUGACCCCAGGAAUUGUAGUGACUCCAAUGGGAUCAGGUAGCAAUCGACCUCAGGAAAUAGAAAUUGGAGAAUCUGGUUUUGCUUUAUUAUUCCCUCAAAUUGAAGGAAUAAAAAUUCAGCCCUUUCAUUUUAUUAAGGACUCCAAGAAUUUAACACUUGAAAGACACCAACUUACUGAAGUGGGUCUUCUGGACAACCCAGAACUUCGUGUGGUCCUCGUCUUUGGCUAUAACUGCUGUAAGGUGGGAGCCAGUAAUUACCUCCAUCGGGUCGUCAGCACUUUCAGCAAUAUGAACAUCAUCUUGGCUGGCGGCCAGGUGGACAACUUGUCUUCUCUGACUUGUGAGAAGAACCCUCUGGAUAUUGAUGCCACUGGUGUGGUUGGACUGUCAUUUAGUGGGCACCGAAUCCAGAGUGCCACAGUUCUCCUCAAUGAGGAUGUAAACGAUGCCAAGACCGUGGAGGCCGCCAUGCAGCGCCUCAAAGCAGCCAACAUCCCUGAACAGAACACCAUUGGCUUCAUGUUUGCGUGCGUUGGCCGAGGCUUCCAGUACUACCGAGCCAAGGGCAAUGUUGAGGCCGAUGCCUUUAGGAAGUUGUUUCCCAGUGUCCCCUUGUUUGGCUUCUUUGGAAAUGGGGAGAUUGGAUGUGACCGCAUAGUCACUGGGAACUUCAUACUGAGGAGAUGUAACGAGGUCAAGGAAGAAGAUCUGUUCCAUAGCUACACGACCAUCAUGGCGCUCGUUCACCUGGGGACCUCUAAAUGAGCCAGCCGCCUUGCUGAGAGUCGCUUUCACAACAAUAUAUAACUCUGGGGUCUCCCUCUUUUAGAAAAAUGGAAACUGGGGAUACAGAUAUUUUAAACAAAACUAGCUAUGUGUGUGUUGUAGCUUUGAUGCUCUGAGAUCACUUUGGGAUUUCUUUUUUAAUAUAUAGAUGGACAGCGUUAAUGUUGUGAGCACACAAGUCAAGAAGUAAGGCUGUUAGGUGCAGGCAAAGCUGCCGUGGCUGAACUGCCCCAGUUCUGUGGCCACUGCACAAGCGCCCUGCGAGCUUGAGGGGUGACUGGAAGAUGGAGGAUUAAGUAAUGGUUGAUGAACUUUUAGCAGAAUCAUGACUUAAUAAAGGAGAAAAUUAAAGAAAUGGUUUGAGAAGUCUUUCUCUGCUUUUCAGUUUUUGCAGAAGCUGUAACAAAUAUUACUGACUUUUACUUUUCUGAUAGAGAACUAUCUUUGUUUUUGUUACUGUAUAAAGUUUUUUUUUGUGAGUUAGCAUUUUCUUCUUCAUAGUAAAGAGACUGCAAAGGAACAGUCUUUGUCACAUAGUUUUGAAAAUCAUAUCACCAUAUUUUGGUUUUAUACCAAUAAAAUAUACUUGAAGACCCA